ACCCCUCGCGCCACCAUCGGGUGACGUCAUGGUCCCCACACAACAGAGAGAUGCGCACUGAGUUAUAGACGAGCUGGUUGUUCAGUGCGGUAAAAAAAAAUUAGAAGAAAAGCAAUAAGCAAUAAAGAUCCUGCCGAAUAGCUUGUUUUUUUUUAAAGAGGAGUUGGACUUUCUGUUGAUAACGGAUAUCAUUUCUCAUAAGGUGUCUCUGUUGUCUAGCAGAUGAAUUUUGAGCAGCCUCCUCCGUACCAGGCCCCUGGUUACCCCCAGCAGGGUUACCCCCAGCAGGGUUACCCCCAGCAGGGUUACCCUCAGCAGGGUUACCCCCAGCAGGGAUACCCUCCCCAGGGUUACCCCGUAAACAUGGAGCAACCUGGAGGAUUCCCUCCUCAAAACCCAGGCUACCCUGCUGGCCCCGGGGGACCUCCUGGACCCUACCCCGGCCAGGGACAAGCAGGCCCCUACCAGGAGGGCUACCCUGGACAGCCCCAGUUUGGAUGGCAGGGAGGAUCACCCCCAGGACCCAUGUAUGGAGAGGCACCUAAAAACACAGUGUACGUGGUGGAGGAGAGAAGGAGAGAUGAUUCAGGAGACACAUGUCUGACUGCCUGUUGGACGGCUCUCUGCUGCUGCUGCUUGUGGGACAUGCUCACAUAACCUCUGACCCCUGACAUUUACCCUUACCUGCUUUGACCCUUACCCUUUACCUCCUAACCCUUAACCCAAAGUCCCUCUCAUCUGUAAUAGAAAACAAGUACUGGAAGCAAUAGAACACUAUGAAAAUCUGGGAAACCAGGCCUGGUAUUUAUAGCGGACUUUGAAAAGGCCUUUGAUAAAGUACAACUAGAAUUUAUAUGUAAAUGCCUGGACUAUUUUAAUUUUGGAGAGUGUCUUAUACAAUGGCUUAAAGUUAUGUAUAGUAACCCCAGGUGUAAAAUAGUAAAUAUUGGCUACUUCUCAGGAAGUAUUAAAUUGUCAAGAGGAGUAAAUCAAGGUUGUCCACUAUCGGCAUAUCUAUUUAUUAUGGCCAUCGACAUGUUAGCUAUUGAAAUCAGAUCCUAUAAUAUCAAGGGGCUAGAAUUCCUGGGCUUAAAAACAAAGGUGUCAUUGUACGCUGAUCAUUCAUGUUUUCUUUUAAAUACGCAAUUUGGAUCCCUGCACAGCCUCCUAGAGGAUGUAGAUAAUUUUUCUUACCUCUGGAUUAAAACCAGAAUGAUAAAUGCUCCAUAUUACGUAUUGGAUCACUAAAAAAGACAACUUUUACAUUACCGUGUAGUUUACCAAUAACAUGGUCUGACGAUGUAGUGGACAUACUUGGUAUACAUAUCCCAAAAGAAAGAAAUGAUCUCGCUACAAUAAAUAUUUAUAGAAAGUUAGCCAAAUUAGAUACGAUUUUGCUACCAUGGAAAGGACAACAUCUGUUUAUUUGUGGAAAAAUUACCCUGAUUUAAUUAUUUUGUCAUAUUCCAGUUCACGUAUUUACCUAAUGACUUGUUUUUUGAAAUUAUAUGAGCAAAAAAAUUUCACCUUAUUUUGAAUGGCAAGCCAGACAAACUUAAACGGGCCUAUUUAUAUAAUGAAUAUGAAUUUGAAGGGCAGAAAUUAUUAAAUAAAAAAGGAUUGGACCUCUCACUAAAGACUUCAGUCAUACAAACACUAUACAUAAAUCUGAACUGGUUCUCGAGCAGAUGAGAGAAAAAAGGAAAAAAAGGUUUAAAAAUGGUAUAAUCUUUGGAAAUUAUAUCAUAAAUAGGACUGGUGGAAUUAUGUCACACAUGCAGUUAACAAAAAAAUAUAGAAAUGUCUGCUCUAUCCAAAAUUACAACCAACUGAUUGCAGCAUUGUGGAAAGGGGAGAAGGUAAGGAACUUGACUGUUGGCCCUGCGUUAAAGACCAAAAUUGGUUAAAGAAAAUUGUGAUAAAUAAAAAAAAGUAUGCCAGUUUCAUUUAAGCACCAAAAAAUGGAUAGCUGCACCAUACAGGUUGCAAAAUAGUUGGGAGAUUUUUGAUGUUCCGAUUCUAUAGUACCUGGUUUAUGAACUGAUACACAAAACGACGCCAGAUUCUAAACGUAGAGUUUUUCAAUUUAAAUUAUUAUACACAAUUCUUGCAACCAAUAGAAUGUUAUAGAUAUGGGGAUAUAAUCUUCCCAGGUCUGCAGAUUUUGCUGUGAAGAGACAGAAUCAUUAGAUCAUUUAUUUUGGUACUGUCCAUAUGUAGCUUGUUUUUGGUCACAGGUUCAGGAAUGGAUGAAGAAUUACAACAUUUACCUAGAACUAACACUGCAGAUAGCAAUACUGAGUGAUUUGAAAAGUCAUAGUCAAUCGAUCAAUAAUAUAAUAAUACACUUAGCACAUUUUUUUAAUUUAAUUUACAAUCUGUAGAAACUAUGAGAAUUGAAAGUUUCAGAGCUUUUCUGCAACAGCACAGUGGAAAUAUAUAUGGCAGCCAAAAAUCAAAAUCAAAUGGUCUUCAGAGAUAGAUAGGUGGGGUUGAGUGUAGCUGAAGGCUGGGAUGCUAAUGUAAAAUAUAUUGUCCAUAAAUUGUAUAUAGUAUGUAUAGGCAGGAAGUAGAAGCCUAAGUAUCGUUGUCCAUUAGUUUACUUCAAUUAGGCGAGUUGUGGUAGGGUUAUGGGAAAAUAAGCAACUUUUUAAAAAGCCCCUCAUCUUACCCCGACCUACCUGUUACACUGUCCCUCCAUCUGGCCUUACUUCCUGUUAGUCCACCUUAAUCAUUCUCUCUCCCCCUAACUAUCAGCCUUACCCCUUGAACUCCUGUUGUCCGUCCCAAACGUCCAGCCGGAACCCCUGUACCUCCUGAACCAUGGUAGCAUUAUAUGAUAACCUCUAUGCAUCUAUCAUAGUGCUCCUACACCUGACUUAACCCCUCUGUAGCAGUUUAGCUACUAUAUGUUCCCUAAAUCUCAGGCACUGUACUGUAGAUGUUGCUUCUUGUGGAACACAAAUUCAUUCUCAAACACCACACACACAAUAUGCACUCAUAUCUCAGGCGUUCUACUGUAGAUGAUACACAAACGAACACACGCACCAUGCACUCUCUCUCUCUCCUGGGCACUUUAACAUCUUACCUCUGUAAGGUACUUCUCCUGCCUCCCUCCUCCCAAACAAACCUCUAGUCAUACCACCCCAUAUUCCCUAAACCCUAUACCACCCUAACAAAUGACUCUCUACACCAUAUCCGUCAUGGCUACCUAGACCACUACAUGCCAGUAAGCUGCAGUGCCCCUUGCCAACCCCCUGACCCCCCGCUGUACCAUGCUGAAGCUUGAACUGUCCUCUCCGUUAUGUUUGCACAACAGCUACUGUGGUUUCCUGUUUGUCUUAGGAUGAAUCCUAUGAGCUGGCAUUGAAUGCAUUUUUUUUUUAAAGACGAUGACAAUAAAUAUUUGAAUGUUUGAUUACAUGUAAUAUUGUUCAAUGCUUGCAAUGUUUUUUUCCUGUUACUCUUCCAGGAUCUAGAAAUUAUGAUUUGAUUGCUAUGUUAUUUUUAAUAUUCUCAUUCCUUGAAGGAGAGAACAUGAAACAUAAAAAAGUGAAUGUUUGUUAUGUAGAUGCCUUUGCCUAACAUGAGAAUCUUGCGUUAAGAAUAAAUUACUCCCAAAACAGUCAA